UCACAUGCUCUCUCUCUUCCGCCCCCCUUUCUGUUUUGUUUUCCCUGCCCUAUGUCACAGCCAGAGGAUGCGGCCUGGAGUUGAGAGCCGGGGCGCAGGCACGCUCCCAAGGCCCGCCUCUCCGGCCUACCUUCCCGUUGCCCCCGCCUCGGCUUCACUCACAGCGGAUGGUGUGGAACGAGCUCUUGGGCCGUUUCUCGAAGCUCUCGCCCAGUUUGAGCACGUGCUCUUCCUUGCCCAGCGCCGGCUGCGCGGUACCAUUCAUCGCCGAACGCUUCAAACAUCAAUUCUUCUCCUUUUUCUCCGCCCUCCGAACCAGCCGACCUUCCUUGCGGUCUCUCUCCGCUUUCGGAUGUUUCGAAAGCAAAAACGCGACCGACCGACCCGCGUGCGGCGGCCGUUAAAUUCAAACAGUGAUGGUGCUGAGCUCGCGAGCAGCGCCCGCGCGCACCGAUAGCGACGCGAGUGGAGACUGGGGACGCGAUCUGUCCGCUGUGGGUCACUGGGGUACGGAGGGAUGGUCCUGUCUGCUCGUCUUUAUCAUGUAGGAAGAUGCUGCUGAUGUCAUAUGGAAGAAGAAGUAAUUGAUACACCAGAUGAGCUAUUCUUAAAGUUGUUAAAUCACCAGGACUGGAAGGGCUGCACAGGACAAGGAAGGAAAUUGCAGAGGAUUCUAGACCUGGACCAGUAACUGGCAUUCUCUGAGAUAUGUGGACUGAUAACUGGAGCUCUUUGAAAUAUACACUGAUCUGCAGACCAUCUGGAAUACUGCAAACAUGGGAGAUAACAUGGAAAUAAAUCCUUUUUGUGAUAUCCAGCCAUAUCAAACCGAAGGGAUAAACAACUGGUCUUUAAGCAAUAAGAUAGUAACCGUAACACCCUCCAGAUCAGAAAUGCCUUCUCAAAUCAGAGGGCAGAAGGGAAGGAUCCUUACCCCUGAAGAAGCAGAAAAGCUCAUGAAAGAUCAGACCUUAGUGUCAGAUUUUAAGCAACAGAAGCUUGAAAGAGAUGCACAGAAGAACUGGGAUUUAUUUUACAAAAGAAACAGUACAAAUUUCUUCAAAGACAGGCAUUGGACAACCCGAGAAUUUGAAGAAUUGAAAGCAUGUAGAGAAUUUGAGAAUCAAAAACUAAUUGUCUUGGAAGCUGGCUGUGGAGUUGGAAACUGCUUAUUCCCUCUUUUAGAGGAUGAUCUAAAUGUCUUCAUUUAUGCGUGUGAUUUCUCUCCUCGAGCAAUAGAAUUUGUGAAGCAAAAUCACUUAUAUAAUGCUGAACGAUGUAAAGCCUUUCAGUGUGAUCUAACUAAGGACAAUUUACUGGAGAAUGUACCAGCAGACUCCGUCGAUGUUGUAACACUGAUCUUCGUGCUUUCUGCUAUUCAUCCUGACAAGAUGCUGCUGGCAUUAGAAAAUAUAUAUAAAAUACUGAAACCUGGUGGAAGUGUCUUAUUCAGAGAUUAUGGACAGUAUGAUCACACAAUGCUUCGAUUUAAAAAUGGCCACAAACUUGGGCCAAAUUUUUACGUUCGUCAAGAUGGAACAAGAUCUUUCUUCUUUUCGGAUGAAUACAUGGCACAGCUCCUGGCGGCUGCUGAAUAUGAAGUGCUUGUGAAUGAAUAUGUGUUCCGUGAAACUGUUAAUAAGAAGGAAGGUCUUUGUGUUCCAAGAGUUUUUCUUCAAUGCAAGUUUAAGAAGCCAGAGAGAAAUCGAUACAAUUAACCUGUUGAACAGUUACUGCUGCUCUCUUUUUUUGAAGUUAAGUUAUAAUGUUUGACACUUCCAUCUUGUACUUGGAACCCAGCAGAAAGUGCAGGCGGAGGAACCAACUCCUGGCACUCCGCCAAGAUUGCGACAUGAAAAGAGUCUUAAAAAUCUGAGGUAGGAGUAAGGGAUGAGUUGGUGAUCUCAGCUAUUCUGCUGCCUGGGUGAGAAUUGUUGAGUGGAGGCUCAAUAUAUCACUACAGAGGUGCAGGAAAGUUGGAAGGGAGAGGAGCUCCAGGGUUACUCUUGUGGUCUUGUUGAUGACUGACUGAGCAGCACUGAUUUAAAUACAUAUGAACAGACGAUGUGCGAAAAAUUUCACUUGAGCCCAAGCAGGCCAGAGAACACAUGAAUUAAAAUUAGAGAUCUCUUACAUUUGCAAAUAAAACACAAAAUUAUUGUAUUGCAUGAUGUCUGAUUGGAAUUUUUGGAAGUGCUACAUCUUUUCUAAACUAUUUAACAUUUUAUAAGGUAUGUGAUAAUGGAAGUUUUAUAA